CGCGCCGGCCAGGAGGGGGCCGGAGCCCGGACCAUGGCGGCGGCGGCGGGCGCCGAUAGUCGGCGCGCUGUCCUGGAGGCGGCGGCCGCGGCGGCGCCCGAGCGGGGCGGUGGGAGCUGCGUGCUGUGCUGUGGUGACCUGGAGGCCACGGCGCUGGGCCGCUGCGACCACCCGGUGUGCUACCGCUGCUCCACCAAGAUGCGAGUGCUGUGCGAACAGCGCUACUGCGCCGUGUGCCGGGAGGAGCUGCGCCAGGUGGUCUUUGGGAAGAAGCUUCCUGCCUUCGCCACAAUCCCCCUCCCCCAGCUGCAGCACGAGAAGAAGUACGACAUCUACUUUGCUGAUGGGAAAGUGUUCGCCUUGUACAGGCAGCUGCUGCACCACGAGUGCCCGAGGUGCCCAGAGCUGCCGCCCUUUGGCCUCUUCGGGGACCUGGAGCAGCACAUGCGGAAACAGCACGAGCUCUUCUGCUGCAAGCUGUGCCUGAAACACCUCAAGAUCUUCACAUACGAGCGCAAGUGGUACUCACGCAAAGACCUGGCACGGCACCGCAUGCAGGGGGACCCCGAUGACACCUCGCACCGCGGGCAUCCGCUCUGCAAGUUCUGCGACGAGCGCUACCUGGACAACGACGAGCUGCUCAAGCACCUGCGUCGAGACCACUACUUCUGCCACUUUUGUGACUCGGACGGCGCCCAGGACUACUACAGUGACUAUGCGUAUCUUCGUGAACACUUCCGGGAGAAGCACUUCCUGUGUGAGGAGGGCCGCUGCAGCACCGAGCAGUUCACCCAUGCCUUCCGCACCGAGAUUGACCUCAAGGCCCACAAGACGGCUUGCCACAGCCGGAGCCGGGCCGAGGCCCGCCAGAACCGCCAGAUCGAUCUGCAGUUCAGCUAUGCGCCACGGCAUUCGCGCCGGAAUGAAGGGCUCAUCGGUGGCGAGGAUUACGAGGAGGUGGACAGGUACAACCGCCAGGGCCGCACAGGCCGGGCCGGAGGCCGCGGAGCCCAGCAGAGCCGCCGCGGAAGCUGGAGGUACAAGAGGGAAGAAGAGGACCGAGAAGUGGCAGCUGCCAUCCGAGCCUCAGUGGCUGCGCAGCAGCAGCAGCAGGAGACGCACAGGAACGAGGACCGGGAGGAGGGCAGCAGACUCAAGAAGGAGGAGGCAGGGGUGCGGGGGCCCGAGGAACCCCGGGGCCUCCGGCGCCCUCUCCGGACUCAGGGUGAAGGCCCAGGCCCCAAGGAAGCCUCGGCAAAUGGUCCUGUAAGUCAAGAGGCCUUCCCAGCCACCAGCCCUGCCGCAGCGGCCACACUACAGAGCACCCUCCCGCCCCCCACCUCGAAGCUCAAGGAUGAAGAUUUCCCCAGUCUCUGCACCUCUGCUUCCUCGUCCUGCUCUGCGGCAGCAGCCCUGGGCCCUGUGGGGCUGCCACUGGCGUACCCCGUUCCCCCCAGGGGCAGGAGCACCUUCCAGGAGGAUGACUUCCCUGCCCUGGUGUCCUCCAUCUCCAAGCCCAGCACUGCCCCCACCAGCCUCAUCUCUGCAUGGAACAGCAGCAGCAGCAGCAAGAAGGUGGCACAGCCCACCCCAGGGGCCCAGGCUGCUGGUAGGGGCAGCCAGCCCUCCAGGAAGGCUGGGAAGGGGGGCAAGGGCAGCAAGAAGGGUGGGCUGCCCCCAGCAGAGGACGAAGAAGAGGAGGAGAGCCGCACCGGCCUCACCGCCCAGGAGCUGCGGAGCGGGCCCACCACGGUCGCUGUCUCCUCCCUGCUGGCGUUGGCCUCCAACCAGACCUUCACCAAAGUCGGCAAGAAGAAGAAGAUGGGCUCUGAGAAGCGAGGUGCCGCAUCACCCCCACCACUGCCCUCUGACAAAAAUGGCCCCCCUGGGGCUGAGCAGGCCCCUGUGGGCAGAGCUGAGGGGCCUGUCGCUGUCAUCGUCAAUGGACAUACCGAGGGGUUGGCCUCAGUUCGGAGCGUCCCCAAGGAACCCCCUGGGCUCCCGAGGCCCCUGGCGCCCCUCCCUUGUCCCACACCCCAGGAAGACUUCCCAGCACUCAGCGGCCCCUGCCCACCCAGGAUGCCUCCUCCCCCAGGCUUCAGCACUGUGGUGCUCCUGAAGGGCACUGCACCGCCCCCGCCGCCGGGUCUGGUACCUCCUGUCAGCAAGCCGCCCCCCGGCUUCUCCGGCCUGCUGCCCAGCUCCCCCUCGGCCUGCGUCUCCAGCACUAGCACUACCACGAAAGCACCCAGGCUGACACCAGCGCCACAGGCCUACCUGGUCCCCGAGAAUUUCCGGGAGAGGAACCUGCAGCUCAUCCAGUCCAUCAAGGACUUCCUGCAGAGCGAUGAGACGCGCUUCAGCGAGUUCAAGAACCACUCGGGGGAGUUCAGACAGGGCGUGAUCUCCGCAGCCCAGUAUUACAAGAGCUGCCGGGACCUGCUCGGGGAGAACUUCCAGAAGAUCUUCAACGAGCUGCUGGUGCUCCUGCCCGACACGGCCAAGCAGCAGGAGCUGCUGUCCGCGCACAAGGACUUCCGAGGCCAAGAGAGGCCUCCCGGCACCAAGGCCAAGAAGAACAAGAAGAACGCAUGGCAGGCCAGCACGCGGCAGGCCGGCCUGGAUUGCUGCGUGUGCCCCACCUGCCAGCAGGUGCUUGCACAUGGUGAUGUCAGCAGCCACCAGGCUCUGCACGCUGCCCGGGACGAUGACUUCCCCUCCCUGCAGGCCGUUGCCAGGACCCUCACGUAGCUCCCGCCAAGUGAGCAGGAGUGGCCACACCCACGAGCCUCCUUCCUCCCUCGUCCUCCUGGGCUGCCAGGCAGCUGGGUAAGGCCCUGGUGAGGCCACCUGCUCAGGCCCCUCGGUUGGCUGGCCGGCCAGGGGUCACAACGACAGCCCACCCCGCUGUGUCAGCACACUGUCAAGCAGGUGUCCAUCUGGCUCCCUCCUGGGAACUGAGCAGACACCCCUGCUUCAGUGGUGGGCCCGUCUUGGUUUGUGUCUCAUGCUUUUGGAAGGUGCCAGGGUAGUGAAAGGCUGGAAUGCUGGGACCUGCCUGUGCUAUCAGAGCCAGUGGCCAGAUCUGGGACCUCCUGAGCCUGAGGGCUACAGCACCAUGGCCCCCAAGCCUGAUGCUGUGGUCCACUGGUGCUGGAGUCAGGUGUUGAGUGUGUUGUGUAAACAGUUGGCUGUUUUGUGAUUCACGAAUGUUCAGGAUUAAAAGCAGACAAAAUCGUGCUACUUGAAGUUAAAUCUUUCUACGAGACAAGCUGAAUCUGGAAGCUCAAAUUGCCUCUGACCUUUUAUAAAAGUUUAUCUUCAAAUAAAUUUAUUUUGCAAUA